AUGUUGGACUAUACUCUGAUACAAGACCUCGCAGCAACGUUGUUCGAUGACUUCAUGAGCUACAGUUGUCUCCUUAACGACCUCCAAGUGGCUAUGGACGAGAUGAGUAGCACAGACCGACGUGAUGGUGACAAUAUUCCAGCAGACUUACCGCUGGAGAAACUGCUCAAUGCUAGAAGGGGAAUACAAGAAGAGAUGGCAAAGAUUGUAGACGCAAUUGAUGCAAUCAGUCGGGAUCCAUGGAUUCUGGUACGACAGAAAUGGAAGAAAGACCACGAGGGCCCUACGCGUUCUACCAAUAUGAAGGUGUCGACUCCGACACAAGCAGUGGGGACAAACGGUGUGAGGUCUUAUGGCGAUGUGAACGACUCCCUGGAGCCAAGUUACGGGACCGAGCAGUUGGCCUUCGACUUCGACCGACUUCAGCCUCCCAACGCGUGGAAAGCCCUGAUCCCUGCGAACAAGUUCAAAACUGCCUUUAACACCAAGAACAAGGUCACUGUCACUAAAAACCUCAAUGCAGUUCGCCGGGAGUAUCAGGAUAGAAUAAAUAAUGCUUUCUCAGAAUGCGGCGACCAACUGGAGAAACAGAGAGUCAAGUUUGAGGGCGAGCGUGAUCGCUUCAAGACAAAUCUCGAGGCGGCAGAAAAAAUCAAGUCCGAGCUUAUGAUGGAGCGCGAUAAUUUCAAGAAGAUUGCCGAGCCACAGUUCGAUUCCAACAAUAAUCUUGGCGCCGGGUGGCACCAGAGGGAAGUUGCCAUAGUAAAUAUGGCGAGCAUGGACGGAGGCUACAGUGGCAUAUGUGUCGACGGUGGUGACGCGAAUGGCUCCCGUGUUCACGGCUACAGCUACGACUACAUCAACAACUGGCACAAGUUCAAACUGACAAAGGUCGAUCCGGGAAACCCAACUUCUCGAUGGUGGAUAAGAGGUCCUGGUGAAGAUAAAUGGCUCUGGGUUCAAGACGGUGGCACGGAAAUAAGGAACGAGGGUCCAGUUACGUCCAUAAGCGGCUCCUAUCAAUGGACUAUCGAGAAAGUCUCGAAUGGCCGUGGCUACAGAAUAGCGAACGCUGGAGGUGGCCACAUUGAUCUUGAGAAUCCUACAUACCACGUCAAUGACAAAAGGAUUAGAGUUAUGCCCUGUGUUGAAGGUAGUCCCAACCAAAUCUGGGCCCUUUACGCUAUUUGA